AAUAUGCUCUUUGAUAAAAUUAGCAAGAGGGGGAUCACACUAAGCUUACUAAUAGUCUUUAUUAUAGCGAUCCAGGUGUCCUGUAGUGGUCCUGGUAAUAGGAACUUGCUCGAUAAUCAAUUCCGUACAAAUGCUAAUUCUGGAAUUCGAUUGGAGCAAACUCCAGAUGAAGAGCAUCAUGAUGACUUCAUUGAUGCUAUGAAAGGGACUCUCUCAGUCUCAAUUGGAAGUGCAAUUAUCAUAAUUCUUCUGGGAUACACUCUUUACAUCCUUGCUGAUAAGGCCAAUUUAGCUCAAGCUAAUAUCAAUAAUAUUAAGAAGGACGCCAGAAUGAAGCUUAUCAAGAAGACCUGGGAGUACUGAGAAGCAAAUGCAUUUGUAGAAAAGGGUUUCUACCCCUUCUAGAUGUUCGUAAAUGAAGAAUAUGGAUGCACCAAAAUCGGGCUCUUUUGAAAUUUUA